AUGUUUAUGCUGCCAUUAAAAUGGGAAGAGGCAGUCAACAAGGAUAUCCAUCUCAACCUAGUUAUUCUUAUCCUGCUCCACCACCACCACCACCUCCACCACCACCACCACUUGCCUCCCCCGCCGCCUCCUCCACCUCCGCCGCCUCCUCCUACCAGCCGCACAUAUCUACCUCCACCUAGACCACCGCCACCACCACGACCUACACGCCCGCCUGCUACAUAUUUGCCACCUUCAAUUUCAACACCUGGACCAACGUAUUUGCCGCCAUACAAGCAACAACAAGGAGCCGUUGCUGAAUCAUCGGCUGCGUCAAAUAUAGGCGCUUCCUCAUUCCCUGCUGGUCAAUUGGGUCGUCUUUCCAGUCUUUCGAAUGGUUUUUCCACUUUUCCGGCAAUCGGCGUGGUGAAGCUAAGCGAGCCAGCCGGCGGCUCGAGCUUUGCAACUGCUUCGAGUUCAGCUAGUGCUAGUGCGUCCAGUGAUGCGUCUAUUGUGCAACAAAACUAUCCAAGUCAAUCCAUACCUUCCGUAUCUAUUCCAGCUACACCAAUUCAAAGUCCUUUAGGUCCAUCUGCAGGUUAUCCUGCUUCCACGCCAGGAUAUCCUUCGGUAACACCGGGAUAUCCAUCAGCUACUCCGGGAUAUCCUUAG